AUGGUUCGCUAUUCGAACCAUCCCUUGUUCUCCACCGUCGAAACAAGGCCUACACUGCGCCUCUUGAACACCGGCGAAGUGUCCCCCCUGAGCUUCUUGCAGAUAUUGUUGAGCACGCUUAACCAUGAAGCAGCUAACCGCACUAAGAAAUAUACCACAAGGGAAGCAAGCAUAUCUGGGCUCGGAGCAACGAGGAAGAGUUCUAUGAGUUGCAACGUUCGCUAUGAGUUAUAUCCUUUUCAUAAGUCUGAUGAUCAGCCAGAAGCGACGGCGCCUACACCGCCUGCGUUUUCUCCUCCAACAAGUUCUUCAGAUCCUCAAGUUGGAAAUGAAAGCCAUAAUUUAGAGCCUCUACAAUUUGGUUUGGCCACUAUUGAAGCUGCAACAAAUAAGUUUUUUCAUGAAAAAUGUUUAGGCCAAGGUGGAUUUGGACAAGUUUACAAGGGUGUUCUUUCAAAUGGUCAAGAAAUAGCUGUCAAGAGACUUUUAAAAAAUUCUGGUCAAGGUGGAGAAGAAUUCAAGAACGAGGUUUUAUUGAUUGCCAAACUUCAGCGCAUACACUUGGUGGCCUUGCUUGGAUUUUGCAUAGAAGAACAAGAGAAAAUCCUUGUUUAUGAAUAUGUUCGGAACCUUGACUCCUUUUUAUUUGUUUUGACAAUCUAUACCUUCUUUAACUCUUACUGA